CUCAUCAUCCUCUUCCUUUCCCCAACCCCCAUCGAUUUCAUUGCGGCCAUGGCCACGAGCUCUUCGAUCUUUUCCAUCUCAUUCAACCCAUGCACACAAGGUAUUAGUGUUUGGGACUUUGGGUCCAAGCCAAUUUCAUCACUGCAGUCGACGGCCUUGGGGGUGAUUUUCUGGCUGUUUUGAAGUGCAUGUGUAGAUGAAUGACGUCGAUUGUGUGCAGGAAGAAAAAAAGUGCAUGUGUUGAUGCUUGUUGCCUCGCUUGUAGUUGUAGCAAAAUACCAGUAGCUUUUAUUUUGGUACACUUUUACGAGGUAGUUUUGUGGCUUGGUGGCUUGACGGCAGCAGAACUGUCGUAUUUUGAAUGAGGCACACGUUCUGUCCCCAAAGUGUUCCCGAUCACAUUGCAUCAAGUACAAAAAGCCCGAACCUAUUUCCAGUACCUAAAGACAAGAAGUGUCCACGGCACUCUACCAUACUUAUAACAGAACAAAAGUGUAGUAACUUUUCUUUCAUGUGCUUUAUUGCUCAUGUUUUAUUGAUAUAUUAUAAUUAUUUCCAGUUGUGUGCAGAUUCAGAGUAACUUUUGAAUUGACUGAUUUUUCUCCUCAAAUAACUCUGGCUGAACAUCAGCUGAAUUUUCACCAGUAGGCAGCUUCCCUUGAGAUAGUUGCAGGUUAAAAAAAAUUGUCCUAUUUAUGUUGCCAUCUUUCGACAAGUUGUGCGGUUCACAGCUCAAACAGUAAUUACCUGUAUCAGUAAACAACAUAAAGAUUUGAAGAUGCUUUUCCAAUGCUAAAAAUCAUAGAUGGAUUUUACAUUGCAGAGGGUGUGCAUGUUUUUCAAUUCCUAAGGUCUGAACAUCUCUGUCGUUGUUUGAUCAAAUCAAUGUGGCCAUGACUGGUUUCAUCAAGGUAUUGUUUCACUUGCAUUGCCAAUAACUGGUUAUUUGAUUUAGCCAACUAUGUCAUCUAUAUCUCACUUCAAAAAUGAUAUGCUAAUAUAUCUGGUAUGCUUGAAUCACUUACGACGUCUUACAAACUGCUAUAACAGUUUGCUCAAAGUGAUAAGCUGGUGCGGCCUAACAAAAUAAGCAUCCAUACCUGCAGCCAAAUUGUACAAAGUGUACAAAUGCAUUUCUAAUCAUCUCAUCUUGUGCAAUUUAAUUGAUGGUGGUGAUAUACUAAUUUAUCAUGCAUAUGGAGGCUUCAGAGGAGUGGUUACAUGACAGAAUAUUCAGAAAUGUUUUUAUUAUAGGAUAUGAGAUAAUUUGUCAAGCAUAUGGAGGCUUAAAGAGGAGUGGUUACAUGACUGAAUAUUCAGAACUAUUCUCAUCAUAGUUUUUAUUCAGAUCAACUGAAUUUUCUAAAGAAACUACAGUUAUUGUCAUGUAUGAAAUUUAAUUGAUGAUGGCGGUGUACUAAUGUUUCAUAUGGAGUCUUCAGAUGUUUAGCUUAUAGGACUGAAUAUUCAGAAUUGUUUUCAUUAUAUUAGAGUAUUCAAUUAUAUUAGAGUAUUCAAUGCAACUGAAUUUGAAAUCUUGGACAUAAUGAUACACCUUAUAUGCGUCACCUUUUUAUUUGAUGUGAUAGAUCAUGACUAAAUAUUAAUUUUAUAAAAAAGCAUGCUGUUUGUGCUGAGUUCUUUGACUCAUGAGCUCAUGGCUUAUCUGAUUUCUUUGACUCAUGGUUAUGGUUGUGUUGUUUCAAAUAUUUUAUGAUUAUGAAUGGAGUAAUGCUUUGCUUCGUCAAUGCAAAUGUGUAUGAUUUUGGAUUACUCAUUACUAUGACUGAAAUGGGGAGACAUCAACAUCAUUGUGCAGUUUUUAUGCUGUUAUUGGUUAGGAAAAACUACUAGCAAUAUACAGACCUUAGUUUACUCUUGGCCAAGCUAAUAACAUCUUAAUCUGCAUGAGGGGUACUGCAUGACAUUCUUCAAAUUUAUACUGUGCAGAAUUCUUUUUUUACUCCCAGUGAUAAUCCUGGUGAGUGCAUGCAUCAGAAGAACAUGAGUGAUAUGAUUGGAGAACCAGAUGGACUUGAUCUUGACGAGAAUAGUGAUUGGUUGCAUACCAAUCACUCCUACGUAAGGGGAAAUGCCGGACAUGGGGGUACUGCAUCGACGCCGACAGUGCUUUCUCAAGAUCGUGCUGUCGAUGGAGAUUCCAUUAAUGUCUUGACCAAUGCGGACUCACAAGAUGUUCCAGGGGCUGAGAGCGCACCCGAUUCACAGUCAGCGAUCAAUGACAAAAAGCAACGUAAGCGGGAAAGAGACAGCAAGGUAUGCAGCAAUGUCUCAAGAAGAGAAAAAUGCAAGAAAUCUAAGGCUGCGUGAAGCGCGUCAAAAAAAGAAAGAAUUUCUAAAUCCCAUGAAAACAAACAGUUCUCGUGCUCCAUUGGGCGAUUUGACAAACCAAACUAAUGGAGGAGCUGAGAGCGCACCCGAUUCACAGUCUCAAGAAGAGAAGAAUGCAAGAAUUCAGAGGGUGUGUGAAGCGCGUCGAAAAAAGAAAGAAUAUCAGAAUCUCAUGGAAACAAAUUGUUCUCGUGCUCCAUUUGGCGAUUUGACAAACCACACUAAUGGAGGGGCUGAGAGCGCACACAAUUCACCGUCAGUAAACAGUGAUAAUAAGCAUCGUAAGCGACAAAGGGAGAGAGCAAGGUAUGCAGCAAAGUCACAAGAAGAGAAGAAUGCAGGAAAUCUGAGGCUGCGUGAAGCGUGUAAAAAAAAAGAAAGGUGCUAGAUGCAUUCAAAAAUUGUGGUGUUACAAAUAUAUUACCUGUAAUUUGGAUGGGUCAAGAUUUCAGGGUUCUUACAAAUUAGUUGGACAUUUUAGUACUUUUACUUGCUUCGUAAUAUUUUCUCAUGUAUUUCUAUUUUGAUUUUGGAGUAUGUGUGCUUGUCAUCAUAUGAGUAAAUACGAUGCCAAAUCAUAUGAGUAAAAGAAUAUGAUGCCAAGUAGAGUUUCUUGCACUUCAUUUGGUGAACCAGAUUUUAGUUUGAGUUUUA